GCCAGGGUUUAACCUACGUGCCUGUAUGUUUCGGCGCAAAACAGUCACAGAGUAAACAACGCUAGACGUUAGAGUGGCGGGUGCGAAGUGGCGCUCUAACCUCCAUCACUCGGCCGUCCUCCGCUGCCGCGUCUAUGGCGGAACCUGCUGCGGUUCUGACAUUCCAGGACAACGUCAGCCACGAAGCGAAACUGAAGGAACUGCUUCACCGAAUCACCUCGCUCGAGAUAAAGCUAUGCUCCGACGGCGCAAAAGAGUUUACGAAGCUUCUGAAGUCUGUGAACGGCGGCGACAUACUCCGAGAGUACGUGCGUGGGUCCCCGAAGUGCUCGGAGCUUCUCGAGGCGUGGAAGCUUCGCGAAGGAAAGCAAGGGAUGAACUAUGUGUUCGACCUAAUCUCCGCGAUUUUCAACCACAGUGGAGGUAAGUACAACCCUAGCGACGCGGAGAGUGUGAGCGUGAGCAAAGACUUGGAUAAAUUUGCGCGGUUAUUGAUUGCGGAACGGUUGAGUGAUAUCCACAAGGAGGUGAGCAGCAAGGAGUGGCGCCGGCAGAAGGCGGCGCUAUUGCUCCUGGCGUCGAUUGUGCGGCGUGGCGCCAGCUUGGCGUCAGAGGUCUCGAAGAGCUUCGAUUUUAAGCUGGCGGAGUUCGGGAGGAUCGCGUCGGAGCAUUGGAGGAAGAGACCAGAGGCGAGGGUAGGGUUGCUGCGGAAGUCGUUUGUUGGAUUCGCGGUGUCGUUUUUGGAGGUCGGGAAGCCGGGGCUGUUGCGGUGGAUUUUGCAGCAGAGAGAGAUGUAUUCUGGCGUUCUGAGAGGGUUGGGAAGCGAUGAUGAUGAGACUGUAGUGUUUGUGUUGACGGUGUUGAGAGAUAGGGUUCUCGUUGUGGAGUCGUUGGUCCCUCCGGGGCUUCGGAGUGUGUUGUUUGGGAGUGCCACGUUGGAGCAGUUGGUUGAGAUUUGUGGAAGGGAGAGUGGUGGUGAUGCUGCUGAGGUUGCGUUUGGGGUGCUAGUUAGGGUUUGUACUGAUCCGUGUAAUGGUUUGAUGCCGGAUUCGAAAAUGCGGUUGAGGGGCAAUACUAAGAGGUUAUUGGACCUCAUGAAGAAGUUGCGGGUGACGGAGGUUCAACAUCAUAGGGACUUGCUUUUGGCUAUUGUUGAGGCCAAGGGUUCUUUUGGGUUGUUGUAUUUGAAGGAGUUUCCUUACAACAUUGAAAAUUUCAAGUCUUCUUCAUGGAUUCCGGCAAUAUCUGUGGCAGCUCAAUUGGUUUCGUUGGUUGGUAAUGGCAUUUCUAAGGAAUUUGCAAAUUUACAAUCAAAUGGUCCAGGGCUGUUGUUAGAUAAUAUGGAUUUACACAGUAUUGUGAAGUGCCUGUUUCCUCGUCCAUUCAGCAGGCCUGUGUUUAAUAAGGGAUUGCCUCACACUGAACCUUAUGUUAAACAUGGUACUCUAAGGCUUCUUCUGGAGUUACUGAAAUUGCUGGACUCUCUUUUUGGUGGUUUGAAUCAUAAUUCUAGUUCCAGCAAUCCAGUCUUGCAGCAUGUGAUGUUUAUCAAGGAUGAAAUUCAGAAUUAUGUUCAGGCUUUUCUUCCUGAUCUGCAGGUUUUAUUAAACCUACUUUCCUCUUUAGAUGCCAGUUCUGAAGCCUGUAACUCAACUUUGAAGAGGGAUGCAUGCCAUGAUGAAGAUAACAGCAGUAGGAGAAAGAAGUUAAAACUGGACACUUCAGAGAGUGGUGAUAUAGAUAUAGUUGUUGCUGGGCUAAGUUCUACUCCUGAUAUUGAUUUGACUGACAACAGUGAAGCAGUUGAUAUUGGAGUAAGAGCAGAUACAUUGGAUGAUGAAGUGUAUCUCAUGAAUAUCAUAGGGGAAAUUUGGGGUGUGGACCUCCAUUCCUUAGAUAUUAGCACAUGGACAGACGUGGACUCAUACCUACUGUCUAAACUUCUUGAUGCUCUCAGAUAUUACCGUCGCUCUCUUCCUUUCACUUUGGAUAGUUCUUUUGAAACUUUCAAGAGUCUUCUUAAAAGCCCCAUGGAAUUAACAAGGCAUCUGCAGGUCUCAGUGUUGUCCUUGCUUGCAGAAUACAUUGAAUGGUGUCCUGACAAUGAAAUUCCUAUAAGAACACCACCCAUGUUGUACAAAUACCUACAACCAUUCAUUAAGUUGUUAAUGUUUUCACCAUACAACGAAACAAGGGAUUUGGCGUACAGACUGGCCUUGGCAGCUAUGUUCAGUACUGGCGGUUUUGAUGGGAACCUUCAUGAGAUAGAAGCAUGGUUUUUAUUUUUACCAGGUUAUAAUGGAAGGAAACCCCCUGUCAAAAUCUUGGAGGCUGAUGCAUUGCAGAAUUUUACUUUGUUUGUUAUAUCAUUCUUGUGUGAUGCUGUUUCUACAUUUGGGAAUAAUUUAGUUAAAUAUUGGAAUAUUCUUAAAAGUCAUGCCCAUAUUUUGGAAGACAGUACAGAUUUAUCACCUCAUUUUAGCCCUUUUGUCGUAUGUGUGCUGGAGAAGUGUCUAAAGGUGAUCCGACCUAAAUCAGGAUCCUGCUCUGUGCCUAAAAAAUCAGUGGUAUUAUUAUACACUUGCAGUACAGUCAGGUAUCUCUUGCAAACGCAGGUCAACCCUGAAUUGUUAUCUGCUUUAGUUCAUGCAGACUUGACAGAGAGACUUGGUGGCAGUUAUGAAUGUGGUGAAGUCUUUCCCCAGUGGAAGCCACUGAAGUAUUUAUUGGACUUUGUGGAGAGCAUAUUACACCAUCGGAAUUAUUGCAUCUUCUCUAACAAUGAAGAAUCUGUCCUUCCUGAUAGUUCUCUGGGAAGUGCGCUUGGUAGUGUAAAUAGAUUGUUGAAUUGUAGGUCUAGUCAUGCAGUUGCUGAAACAACAAUAUCUUUCAUAUCCUCCAUUAUAUUGGAAGAUGGGGGUAAAAUGUUGACAAAUAUGCCAUUGCAUGUGGUCAUUCCACGUGACUUGGUUGGAGUUCCUUUUUCCCUCUUAUUGUCUGUACUUUUUCUGGAUUAUAGUGUUCUUCACCAUGCUACAAAGUUGUGGCCUGCUAUGUUUUAUGCUGGUUUGGAUAUGGCCAUGUCAAAUCUUGGUAUUGGUAGUCAAAAUGCUGCUCCUGUUGGGAAUUCUGAUCAUAGAUUGUAUCCAGAGUCUCUGACUUGUAGCCAACUUUUAGAUGCUUCUGAAGCUGAUGCUGUUACAUUUAGUAUCUUUCUGAAACAGGCACCUUUUCAUGUGAUAUUUCCUGCAAUGAUGUGUAUGAGUGGUCCUUACAUAUCAAAGCUAUCUAAAAUACAAGAGCUGUUACUGCAUAAAUUAUCUGCGUCCAUAAAUGAUUGCUUGCUCCUUCCCAAUCUGCAACUCGUGCUGUUCUGGACUCAUCGGAUUCAGUUAUGUUACAAAGUUAACCCAAUGGCCGAAAUUGAACAACUUCUGAAUGUGUGUGUUAAGCUUGUAGGUAGCUUGUUAGUGCAAUUGUUGGUCCCAGAAAGUUGUUCUGACUGCUCUAUGAACAAUUUUUUUUGUUCAAGACAUAACAUUAAAGAAGUGAUUAAAACCAUUUUUUUCCAUCCCUGUGUUGUGAUGUCAUUAUCUCUUUCGUUGGGAUGUUUUCAGAACAUUGCAAACAGAAAUGUGGAGGACGGUUUCGAUAUGCUUAAUGUAGUAUCUGAUGAGGGGUUUCACAAAUUUGGUAAUCCAAUUCUAAAGAUAUUAUCAAUGACUCUUGAUCACAUGUGGUCUUUAUUUGGUUCCCACCUUUGGGCAUCUACAGCUGAAGAUGUUGGUAGUUUAUUUGUGAAGGAAUUUAAAGGCUUUCAACAAAAACUAUUUCUGGAUGUCAGAGAUAGAUUUGAAUUGUGCAUUCGUACUGAAGAUGUGAUGACUCUCCUUCCAACAUUGUGUACUUUACAUACUUUGCAUCGAUUUUUAUCACCUUUUGAGCUCCUUGAAUUAGUGGAUUGGAUGUUCAGUAGAGUUGAAGUGAAUGAUUUACCAAUUAAGAAAUCGCUGUUAUCUGUUGGAUGUUCCUUAGCUGCUGAUGCUUUCAGUGCUUUGUCCAUUUAUUUUCAGCAGUCAUCUGAAAACAGGGCACCUUAUGAUUUGUUUUGGGGGAUGGAUGUAAAGAAUAUGAAAACUGAUAUUUUUGAGCAGAUUUACAUCAAGGUUGUGGAUUAUUCUCUAUGUUUUGAAGUAGAUAGUGCUGAUAGAUGCUUGCAUGAAGCUAUCAAUGCCUUGUAUACGCAGAAACAUAUGCAGCAAGAAACUUUUCAUCCUCUGCUGUUGAUCAUGUGGAAAAUUAUAAUGGUUACUCCAUUGAAAAUCCUUUCCCAUUGCAUUUACAAGAUAAAUGCUAAGAAAGCUAUAUUUUUGCGUAUUCUUACGGAAUUGAGUUCCCUGCAUUCAUUGGUCUUUGGGCAUUCAUUUUUGGGUAUAGUGAAUAGAAUUUUAUAUAAUGAUAUCGGUGGGAUGGAACAUAUCUCUGAUCUUACUCUUUCAGAAGAUCAGUAUAUACUACUUCUACCGGCCUCUUUGUCAUACUUGAGCUUAAUUUCCAAUAGAUUUUGGGGACAGAAUCACAAAGAUUGCAAACCUAUACCUUACUUUUAUUCAAAAAUUCUCUUGAAAGGUUUCAGUCAAUGGAGGAGCUUUUUGUCUAAAGAUAUAUUUGAGGAAGAAUAUGGGGAAUUCUUUCCAUCAUCUGUUCAAGAACUUCUCUGUCUUAUUGAUCACAGUCUUCUUGGGAAAUCAAUUCAUAUGUUGCAGUAUCACUUUGCUCUUAAUGGGUAUUCAAUAAAACUGAAAAAGAGAUUAAAUUUAUUUAAAUCCAUUUGCCCAAAACUUGCUUCACACGAUCACCUGAUUGACUGUGAAAGUCAAUUUAUUGAUAAUUAUUCUCCACGUCAGUCUUUGAAUAUCAUCAAUCGUGUUGUUGCAAAGUUAUCACUUUGUAAAAUAUUAUUGUUCCAUGAAGAAGCAGGUGGGGGUUUGAAAGAUGUUUCAGUGAAAAUGCAAAGCAAAAUAGGAAAAUCUAGGAUGCAUUUUAUAAAUACUUUGGUGGACAUUUGGCAGUUUAUUGUGAAGAAAUUUUCUUCAGCCUCUGAUCAAUCUAGAACUGCAAAAGGCACAAAUAUUUCAUUGCUAUAUAAUCUCAUGGAAGAGUUUUUGUUGAAUAGUAUUCUGGAAUUGGUUGGGAAAAUGGAAAAUGAUCUUAUUCAGUUGCCAUCCAUUUCCUUCCUUGAGCAAUUAAUCAGAUCUGCUCUUCUCUAUAGGUUUGGUGAUUUUACAACAAUGAAAGCUCUCCGGGUCAUAUUAUCACAGCUUAACGAGGGGAGGCUAUCAUUUGAUUUAUAUCUUCAGUUGUUGCUUGCACAUUCUCAGUUUGCCCCUACUCUCCAUUCUAUGCACAAACCAGCAGGUUCCUUUUUGAAGCCUGUAUCCAGCAUUCUUAAGUGUCUUGAGAUUCCUUCUCUUGACUAUUGUGAAAGUGACCUGAAACAGACAGGGCUAACAACUGUGCUUUCAAGUGGACCAUUAGAAAUUGUUAGAAUGCUACGGAUACUCCUACGGAUAAAGGAUCGCCAAACUGAUUCAGAUUAUAAAAAUGAUAUUGACAUAAAUUUAAAAGAACUGCAUGGACUUCUUCGUCACUCUUAUGGUGCAACAAUCAGCUGGAUUGAUAUAGGGAUAUCCAAUCUUAUGCAACAAAUUGAGUCUAUGAGUUGCCCGUUAUCUCAGAAUGUCAAGUUAGAUUCAGAAACAAUUGAAGAGUGGUACAAAAGCCAUCACGGAGACAACUUUCCAAUUGACCCUGACAUAUGUGUGUCAACUGUUCUCUAUUUUCCCUCUGAUAGAAGUAUCUCCGAUGAGCAACCAUCUGCAAACAAGAUUGAACCAGAUACUAUCAGGAAAAAGGUACAUUAUUCUCAUGUUGAAGAUAGAGAACGUUAUGAUCCUGCAUUUAUAUUGCGAUUUUCAAUUUAUAGUCUCUCAAAGGCUUAUAUAGAGCCAGUGGAGUUUGCUGGGUCAGGGUUGCUUGCAGUAGCAUUUGUUAGCAUGUCUUCCCUGGACAACGGGAUAAGAAGAUUAGCUUAUGGCACUCUUGAUAAAUUUAAGAAUGCAUUGGAGAAAUGCCAAAAGAGGAAGGAUGUAAUGGGACUUCGACUUCUAUUAAAUUCUGUUCAAAAUAGUAUAGACGAGCCAUGGCAAAGAAUCCCGUCAGUUAUUUCUUUAUUUGCUGCAGAGGCAUCUUGUGUAUUGUUAGAUCCAGCAAAUGAUCAUUAUGCUGCUAUAAGUACAUUUUUGAUACACUCUUCCAAGUUGAAUAUGAGGGUUAUCCCUAUGUUUGAUAACUUCUUAUGGAGUACCUCUGUCAAUUUUAAAGCAGAGAGGUCUUGGAUCCUCCGGCUUUUAUGUGUGGGGCUGAACUCUGAUGAUGAUGCCAUGAUAUAUAUCAGGAACUCUAUCCUUGAGACCCUGAUGAGCUUUUAUGUCUCUCCUCUUUCUGAUUUUGAGUCAAAGAACCUGAUUAUUGAGGUGAUAAAGAAAUCAGUUAAAUCACAUAAGAUUACCAGUCAUCUAGUGAAACACUGUUCCUUAUUUUCAUGGUUUUCGUCUCUCAUCUCAGUUAGUAGACAAAGGCUUAAUGGAGAUGACAAUAAACUUUUCUUGAAACAUGUGUUGGUGGCAUUGAAGGUUGUCAAUGAUGUUAUUUCAUUCGGAAGAAUCUCCAAGUGGUUGAAAAAUCACGGUCUUGAUCAGCUCAUGGAACUUUCAUCCAAUCUAUUUAACUUCUUGCUCCAUGAUGCAACGUUGGCUAAUGAAACUUUAUUACUAGUUAAUCCUUUUCUACAAAUGGUUGCUUCAACGUUGAAAUUGUCUCAGAAAAGGAAAAUAUAUCGGCCACAUUUUACCCUAUCAAUUGAGGGCUUGUAUCAGAUGUACCAGACUGGCAGUGUGUAUAAUAAAGGCAAAAAAAGUAUUAAACCGGAGCUUGCUCUUGAAGCCAUACUUAUGAAUUCACCUCAUGUUUCCAUUUUCUAUAUGAAUCAGGAAAGACUUCAAAGCUUUCUUAUCUGGGCAACUACAACUGCUUUAAAGUCAGAGUCUGUACGAAGGCUGCAGCUCAAGGAGUAUGACUUCUUCAGAAAUUAUUUAACGGAAGAGUUUCGAGAGAACUCUGUACUUUCAGUACUUCUGCGCUGGUUAACAGCUUCAGUAAUCAUUGGGAAGCUCCGUAAAAGAUCUUAUUGCAGAGAUUCGGGAUUAGCUGAAACACACAACUUUGAAUCCCUGAACUCUUUACUGGUGUAUGUUGUAAAUACCUCCGGGCAAAGAAAUGAUAUUGAUAUUGGUGCGGAGGAGUUACUAGCUUCAACAAUUUUCUAUCUCCAACUGCGUCUUGGUGUCAAUCAUGAAGUGUUACCAUCAGUUGUAUGUGCUCUCUGUCUUCUGAUUUUUGGUGCCUCUGAUUUUGCAGUUGGCAAAACUGAUUUAUUGCAAGACUACGACACUUUAAUAUCAUCACACAGUUCAAGGAUACGGUGUCCUCCUGAAGUUAAUCCAACUUGGAGAUGGUCUUUUUAUCUGCCAUGGAAGGAUCAUUCUCUGGAACUCACUGAUUCACAGAAGAUGGAGGAAUAUCACGCUUGCCUAACUUUGUUAGUGAUUAUCUCUAAUGUUCUUGGAGGAAAGAAAUUAGAGUCGGCUAGUUUAUCCCCUGCAGAUUUAGAGAGAUCUGGCGUAUUCCAAUAGGAAAGAAGUUUACUAAGAAACUAGUUUGAGUUAUUAUCUCAUUUUUGUAGAUUAGGAAAUGUACAGAAAGUGUUUAGGAAAUGAUAUAUCUGAAAAUACAAAUUUUGUCAAUGGAAAGAAGCUAUAUGUAUUUGAUGGUAACAUACAAGCUAAAUUAAAAUUUUGGUCUGA